CCGGAAAUGUCUCCGCCCGGUGAACUCCGGUGGCUCUGCCGACUUGUCGACGAGUCACUCCGCCCCUACAUAGAACCACGUGAGUUCGUUUCGGUGUGCAAGGAGAAGGAGAAGGAGAUUCUAGUCGCUUCUUCUCAGGUCGUGAGAAAAAUUCAGGUGCAGAUUCGUGGAUUUGAUUUUGGUGCGGACGCGAAACCUGCUCCAGACAAAGAAGAAUUGUGCUGUUCGAACCAGCAUUCUUCUGUCGAUCAAUGUCUACAGAAAAUCGUAACUGAAAUGAUGAUUUUGCUAACUGUGAAGAGUGAAUUUGUUCGACACGUGGCUGUCAAUGCUCUUGUCUUAACUUCAAAGCUUGUGUCCACAACGGGUAACAAUUGGGAUGGUUGCAUUCAUUUGUUGUGCUGUUCCUUGGAAAUGGCGAUUGCUAGAAUGCUAUCGUGUUCGUACGCGCCUUCUUCUGGUGCUGAAAAUAAUGACUUUGAUUCUUCCAACGUUGAUUUUCUGAUGCAAUGUGGGCUGAAGAAUUGUGAUUGGUCUACUGUGGCUGGCAUCACUCAGGUGCUUCGUGUUAUAUGCAAACAGUUGAAGGAAGACUAUGAUGAUGGACUUGUCAAAGUGUACUAUGACUCUGUUAAUUCUUGUCUUUUGAAAAUGCCUUGGGAUUUGUUGGAUGAGUAUUAUCAGAGUUGUGACAUUGGUGGCACCAAUAAAAGCUCUUCUAUGAAUCAAUUGAGCCGCAAUAGUUUCGGUGCUAUGGAGCCUAAGUUUCUUGGCACUUUUCUUCAGUUGCUAUGCUCUUUGGUUGACCGGAAUGAUUUUGUGGAAACUGGUUGUGAUUCUGCCAGUAAACAUCCAAUUAUUGUCACAGUCACGAAUCUUAUACCUAGACUUGUAAAGUGGUGUCUCGGCAAGCAAGAAGAUAGUGCUGAGACAUGCAGCAUUCAUUACUUGAAACACAAGUUGCUGGUUCUGAUGAUCAGACUUGGCUCACUCACAUAUCUAGACUGUUCGAUCCUUCUUUCUUGGUUUGAACUCCUUCAUAACUACUUUGAAGAGCUUUUGCAGAAACCCUUAACUCAAUUUCAGUCUGAUCAAGGUGAUUGUCUGGAAGGCUCUCCAUUUUUAUUUAGUUUGUCGGACGAAGAAGCAUGUGGGAUGUAUUCCAGCCACCUCCAAAGACAAGCUGUUUUCCUCUUACUGGCUUGUUCAUUCAGUUUGAUCAGUCAAAGAGGAGAGAAUGCUCACCACUGUAAUUGUUCAUCUUUAUGCUCAUGUUUUACCACUAACCCAGAUUCAGAGCUUGAUCAUUCCUGCAGAAAAAAAGGAUCACAAGAACUUUACAAGUGGAUUCAAGGACAUCUUCCAACUGAGGUCACUAUCAACCAUGAAAAGUACAUGGAGAUAUGUAUGAACUUCAUAUCAUCUUUCCUCCAGCUAUAUCUACGCGAGGAUGAUCUAUUGUUUGAAGUGCUUUUGCAAUUGCUUAGCAUAUCAUCAUGUCUCCAGCAACAGUUUGAAAGAAAGGAUGCUGCAUAUCAGGAUGUAAAGAAGGAUUUUCCUUUUGAUCUGUUAGACAUUUUCAAUCCUGUGUACCUUUUCCAUCUGUUUCUUUCAGAGAUACAUUAUGAUCACCAAGUGCUUCUUGAUUACCUCAUUUCGAAAGAUACUGGAAUAAGCUGUGCUAAAUAUCUUCUUAGGAUCUUGCAUUUGAUAUGCAACUCAUGGAAAUUAUUUAUGGAAUUUCCACUAAAUGGAGAAUUUUUAAAUCAAUCAUCUUGCAAGAGAAGAAAAGUUUUAGGGGAUGGUCCACAGUUCCUGGCAGAUGGAAUGCCUUCUUCAGUUGACAACGAGGCGAGUAUCGUAUUGCAUAUCAAGAAUUAUAAGGAAGACACUCAAUAUGGCUUCAAGUACUAUUUUAUUAAGCCAUUCAAGAAAGCUGCAGAAUGUUUACUAUCUUUGAACAAUUCUGUUGAAAAUCUUCAUCAAAAGAACUUGUUUCCAUAUAAUCCUGAAGUGCUUCUGAAACGUCUAAGAAGAUUUCAAGAGUUCUGCUGUCAGGAAAAGGGAUUCCAUGGACAGAAAACUGAGUAAUUACCAAAACUGCACGAAUGUUGUCUGGAAGUUUGGCUAUCUUGCAUUUUUUAUUGGUGAUCGAACUACGUACUUGGGGGGCGGUGGCAUGCAUGGACUGAAAGGGGUAAAUUGUGUGCUGGUUCACUGAGCUGCAUGGGUAUAAGAUGGCUACUCCAAUGGUACAUGGGGUCUUAGUGCCACAGCUCAAGAAAUGGCUGCUACUGGAUGUCUUUCUUGUGGAUGCCUUUCUCUUCGUACAUGGAGCUUGCAUUCUUGCUCCUCCAAAUAAGCAUGUCAUGCAGGACAAGAUCACAAGUGGAAACUUUGUUGCCAUGGUUUUAUAAAUCUCAUUCAAAGUCAAUCUUGUACCCCGUCAUUUAAAGGCUGUCAUGAAAAGGGGUCGAGUGGCUAAUAUUAGAAUCUUGUAGCAUAUUAGAGGCUGGGAAAAACAAAUUAGGAUAAUAGAAUUACGUGAGAUAAAGGACCGAAAGAAUUUGGGUUAUUUUCAUCCUUCUUGUCACAACCACCUUCGUGUGUGCUUAUGGAGAAUGACAACCAAGUUAAAAGAUCGAAUACGCAUAAAAAUGAUAUUGGAAUUGCGUGAGAUAAAGGAUGAAAGACUUUGGGUUAGUGUAGGAACUCAGUUAUCCACCUUAUUAAUUUUUAGAAUCAACUAUAGGCCAUAUGUAUUUCCCUUAAUAUCUCCUUUACCAUUAGAAGUGUUGGUUGUUAAGAAUUCUGUUACAGCAAUAAUUUUUUUAAAUAGGCUAUCAAUGAGAAAGA